GCUCUCCGUAGUGUGGGAGGCGGCUCGGCAGCGCUCUGCGGUGUGUGCUGGUUCGCGGCGGCUGGACCCCGACUCCAAGGCCGGGCCGUGAAGCUUCGGCGGCCCUGCUUAGCCGCGGAGCGCCCUCCGCUUCCCGGUGCCCGCGGCGGCGCCGAGUCUGACUGGGGCGGGGGCCGCGGCCCCCUCGGGCUAGCGAGGAUGAGCUUCCUCUUCAGCAGCCGCUCUUCGAAAACAUUCAAACCAAAGAAGAAUAUUCCUGAAGGCUCCCAUCAGUACGAACUCUUAAAACAUGCAGAAGCCACUCUGGGAAGUGGCAAUCUGCGGCAAGCUGUCAUGUUGCCAGAGGGAGAGGACCUCAAUGAAUGGAUUGCUGUUAACACUGUGGAUUUCUUCAAUCAGAUCAACAUGUUGUAUGGAACCAUAACUGAAUUCUGCACUGAGGCAAGCUGCCCAGUCAUGUCUGCAGGUCCCAGGUAUGAAUACCAUUGGGCAGAUGGCACUAAUAUUAAAAAGCCAAUCAAGUGUUCUGCCCCAAAAUACAUUGACUAUUUGAUGACUUGGGUUCAGGAUCAGCUUGAUGAUGAAACCCUUUUCCCUUCGAAGAUCGGUGUCCCGUUUCCCAAAAACUUCAUGUCUGUGGCAAAGACUAUCCUGAAGCGUCUCUUCAGGGUGUACGCCCAUAUUUACCACCAGCACUUUGACUCCGUGAUGCAGCUGCAAGAGGAGGCCCACCUCAACACCUCCUUUAAGCACUUUAUUUUCUUUGUUCAGGAGUUUAAUCUGAUUGAUAGGCGUGAGUUGGCACCACUUCAGGAAUUAAUUGAGAAGCUUGGAUCUAAAGACAGAUAAAUGUUUCUUCUAGAACACAGUUACCCUCUCGCUCUAUCGACUGCUAGCACUCUCUCAUUGCUGUCUGGUGUGGACUAGUGAUAACUGACUCUAAGAAAGCAGGAUCAAAAGACCCAGUGUUGUCUGCAGAGAAAACUGUCCCAAAGGUAGGUUGGCCAGAUAGCUUCAGAACAAGACCUGUAUGGCACAGCCGGAUUGGAGGUGCUGUGUGGCCACCCGCCCGUCCUUUAGUGUCCUUUGUUGUAACCUUAGGUUAACCUGUAGUUUGUUGCUGAUCUUUUGUUCAAGAAAGUGAUUGAAGCUGGGCAGUGGUGGCCCAUGCCUUUAAUCCCAGCACUCGGGAGGCAGAGGCAGGUGGAUCUCUGUGAGUUCGAGGCCAGCCUGGGCUACAGAGUGAGUUCCAGGACAGGCUCCAGAACUACACAGAGAAACCCUGUCAUGAAAAAAAAAGAAAAAAAAAAAAAAAAAGAAAUUGAGUUUUUCCAUGUGACAACAUAAUGGACAUUAAGGAUUUUCAGCAGUAACUUAUUAGUUUCUAGAACAAAUUUCUUAACACAGAUCAGUUUUGCUUCAUUUUACAAAUUGAAAUGGUGUUCCAUUUCUAAAUCUCAGCCAUUUAGAGCUUAUGUUUCACCUUAGAUAGCCUUUUAGGUUUGUGUCUGUGUGCUGGUGUUUAUAGAUGAGUACAUAUGUAUUUUUAGCUAGGCAUGAUGGUGCAUGUCUGUUACCUGAUACUGUGGAGGAAGAGGCAGGAGGAUAGCACAUUGGAGGAUAGCCUGGGCUACAUGGUAAACUUGUUGAAAAAAGUUUGUUUUGCAAAACCCACAAGGCUUAAAUCACAGGCAUAUGUGGCAUGAGAUUAACCAAAGUUAUUUUUAUGUGACUUUUUAAUUUUUGGGGUCGUCCUUGUCUGUCUAGAUGGGAGUGUAUAAUGGAUAUAGUCUCUGUGUCCUCUGAUGGCGGCAUGCAGGUUCUCCUCUUGAAACUCUUCACUUAGAUUUUGGCAGAGAUCAAGAAACUUCCAAAAAACUGUGACAGACUUGGGCCUCAAAGCCACUAUUUUCAUUGAUGAUUCGUGAGGCCUUGCAGUUCUGGAGAGGACAGUAGAAAAAAAGUAUUUAGAAUACUUGAUUAUUUCCUAAACGACUCCAUGUUUUUAUUGCAACUUGAAACUUACAUUUAUGUGUAGAAAUGCAGACUUUAUGGCAAUAAGGGAAAAAGUAGCUUGAGGGUGUGUGUGACUGCAGGUCUCCCUGCUGUCUGUUUGAGGGAGAGCUGGAGAUCCAGCAGGGAAGUGAGUUAACAACAGCCUUGCUUUAUUCUGUUACUAUACAAAGGCUGCAUUGAGCUCUAGAGGUUCUCUCCUUUGUCUUUGUAUCAAAACUUGAAAAUUUCCUCAUCCUAUCAGGAUAAAAGACUCCUUUAUUGAGGAAGGUGCCUGCUCUUCAUUAGGUCCUCAGAUCUAGUCAGUUCUGGUUGCCUCCUCAGGUGUACAUGGCAUCAUAAGUAUCCUGGACACUUGUCCAAAGGGCAGUGCUGUAGUGUAUCAGCAUUGUGUGUGUGUCAGGGCUGGGACUAAGUGCUCACUGGCCUCCUGCAUGGCUUUAUAAAGGUUAGAGGUGACGAGGGUUUUGUGAUUUUUGACUCCACUAAACUAUAUAAGAAAGAAUUCCUUAGAAACUCCAGUUUUAAUGACUCAUUUUAGUAUGUUCUUAAGUAUGCUUAGAAUUUUAAAGAAGUUUUGUCUUAUUUUCGCUGAAACCACACAUCACCAUUAGAGGAAUUCAAGGUGGGAUAACGGUUUAGAGAAAAAAAGGACAGCUUGGAAACACCUCCUAACCCAGGGGUAUGCAAAGGUCCAGAUGUCAGCUGUUCUGCAAGUGUCAGUCACCUGCAGACAGGAUGCAGGCUUCUAGAUGCCCCCAAGAAAGCAUCACCCCUCAACCACAGACUCCAUUUACUUUGAUUUGCUGAAGUGAAAUUCUGUUUCUCAACCAAGGCUCAAUCAUUUUUAGGAUUUCUGGCACCCUCAAAUCAAAGGUUUUUCUUUCCUCUGCAUGCAUUUCAGAGACAGAGAUGCCCUCUCCGUGAUUGAGCUCCAGAUGGGUAAAUGCUAAGAUACGGAGGCAGCUCCAGUGGGACAAAACACAAAACCACCUUGGUAGUUGAAACUGGAGUGUCUCCUUGUGUGUGUCCCUCCACUCCAUUUUUCCUUCUGUCUUUUUAAAUGAAAACAGUGCCAGACUCCCAGACCAACCUGCCUUAACUAGCAGUGUGUACACGUUGUGCUGUUUGCUCACCUCUGAGGCAGAGCAUGAGAGGAGGGUGGCGUCUUUCUGCCCUAACUAGAGAUGCUUUCAUAGCAUCUGAAGAAAUCAGUCUGUCCUGGAUUUAUCUGCCUACUCCCUGUCCCCCACCCCAGUAGGAGUCAGUUGUGCUGACUGCUCCCUAGACUCAGUUGCAGUGGCUUCCAGUUGCCUGCUGAAUUCCGCCUUAGCCCUGUGGUGCUUUAAUUUCCAGGACUUUAAAAAACUUGG